AUGUCUAAACAAAAAAAAGAGAUCGCUAAUGGUAUCAGAUUGGAAAAUGCUUCCUGGAGAACCUGGGCAAAACAGAAAUAUCAUUUGAGAACCGUUAAUCCUGAAAAAAUCAAUUGGCUUAAAGAUAACGAUGUUACAUGGUUGUACGGUCCUUUUCACACCGAAGAUGAAUUCCAUUUAAUGAAAGCCUCAUCGCAACCAUUACCACCAUUAUCAAAUUCUAACAAUACCGAUUACGUUAAUUACGUUAACGAUAUACAUUCUUCACCUACAUCACUCGUAUCACCUGCUUUAUCUAUAUCUUCUGAUCCAUGUACCAAUUCUUCGACAUCAUCACCUCAAAUGUUCACAUCAACUGAUUGUGAAACUGCAUCAACUUGUUCUACAAUAUCGGCUCCAACUACUCCUAUAGCUGGUCCAACUAAAUCAAUACUAUUACCAAUUGAACGUGAAAGUAAUCAACAUAAUCAUCAUAUUAGAUUUAAUGACCAAAAAAUUAUGAAAAAGAAAAAGGAUUGUUUUACAAUAUGUAAAAUUGCUCCUACAAAAUUAAAACCCGGCACAAUACAACCAAUUCCUUUUUGUUGUUCACAAUCACCACCAAGAAUAAUAUCGUCAACGUCAUCUUCUAAAAAUAUUAAUGAUAUAACACAAUCAGAAGAUCAAGAGGAAGAGGAAGAGGAAGAUAAUGGAUUAGUUGAUAAAGCUGUUAAUAUAGCAACUAGCGUCAGAGUGAUUGUACAAUGGUCAGGAAAGUCCUCAAGUGUUGAUAUAAAUGCGCACGAAAUUCGUGAUAUGGUUAAAGUUUUUUUGACAAGACAAUCUCGUGCAACUGGGUCGAUCCGUGAUAAGAAUCUGUUGUUUGAGAUGUCUUUAGUUAGAUUGAUUCAUCUCCUUUCCCAUCAUCCUGAUUUUUCGCACGAAUUAAAUGUCCUUUCUGAAUUCAUAGUUUAUAUAGAUUUUUUCUUAAAUACAAUUGCAGAUUCGGAGAAUAUUUCAUAUUUGUUUUGUCUUGCAGGAAAAUUAAAACAAGUUCGCGAUAAACAAUCAUUAGAACAGAGCGAGAAUUUAUAUUUAUUGAGUGAUUUGACUCAACAUCUAAUAAGAGCCAAAUGUAAAUCUUUUUCUUGGCCAUUAACUGAUUUUCCUGGAGACGUCAAUUUACCUAAUGAUUUAUUUAGCAAACUAUCAAAUCCCGAGAUUAUAUCACAGAUUACAACAAAAAACUAUAUCCCAAAUGAAUUUAUGAAAACAUUUGAAAAAAAACAUGGAUCCACACAUAAUAAAAAUGACAAGUGGAAAAAGGAAGAUGAUAUUUGGACUUCAUGGAAGGCAAUGUCUAAACAAAAAAAAGAGAUCGCUAAUGGUAUCAGAUUGGAAAAUGCUUCCUGGAGAACCUGGGCAAAACAGAAAUAUCAUUUGAGAACCGUUAAUCCUGAAAAAAUCAAUUGGCUUAAAGAUAACGAUGUUACAUGGUUGUACGGUCCUUUUCACACCGAAGAUGAAUUCCAUUUAAUGAAAGCCUCAUCGCAACCAUUACCACCAUUAUCAAAUUCUAACAAUACCGAUUACGUUAAUUACGUUAACGAUAUACAUUCUUCACCUACAUCACUCGUAUCACCUGCUUUAUCUAUAUCUUCUGAUCCAUGUACCAAUUCUUCGACAUCAUCACCUCAAAUGUUCACAUCAACUGAUUGUGAAACUGCAUCAACUUGUUCUACAAUAUCGGCUCCAACUACUCCUAUAGCUGGUCCAACUAAAUCAAUACUAUUACCAAUUGAACGUGAAAGUAAUCAACAUAAUCAUCAUAUUAGAUUUAAUGACCAAAAAAUUAUGAAAAAGAAAAAGGAUUGUUUUACAAUAUGUAAAAUUGCUCCUACAAAAUUAAAACCCGGCACAAUACAACCAAUUCCUUUUUGUUGUUCACAAUCACCACCAAGAAUAAUAUCUUCAACGUCAUCUUCUAAAAAUAUUAAUGAUAUAACACAAUCAGAAGAUCAAGAGGAAGAGGAAGAGGAAGAUAAUGGAUUAGUUGAUAAAGCUGUUAAUAUAGCAACUAGCGUCAGAGUGAUUGUACAAUGGUGUUCUAUUAUGGUUUUCAAUAGAUGA